AUGUCAGGUAUUGCUGAGGUCGAAGAACACUUAAUUGAAUCAAACUAUGACAAACAAGUAGCUUCUUUCGAUGAUUUAAAACUUAAGAAAGAAAUUUUAAGAGGUAUCUAUGGUUAUGGUUACGAAUCACCAUCUGCUAUUCAACAAAGAGCUAUUUUACCUGUUAUUGAAGGUCGUGAUGUUUUAGCUCAAGCUCAAUCUGGUACUGGUAAAACAGCUACUUUUACUAUUUCUGCUUUACAAAACAUUGAUGAAAAAUUGAAAGCUACUCAAGCUUUAAUCUUAGCUCCAACCAGAGAAUUGGCUUUACAAAUCCAAAAGGUUGUUUUAGCUAUUGGUCUUCACAUGAAAGUUUCUGUUCAUGCUUCUAUUGGUGGUACCAAAAUUACCGACGAUAUUGAUGCUUUUAGAAAGGGUGCUCAAAUUGUUGUUGGUACACCAGGUAGAGUCUUGGACAUGAUUGAAAGACGUAUUUUCAAAACUGACGACAUUAAAAUGUUUAUUCUUGAUGAAGCCGAUGAAAUGUUAUCAUCUGGUUUUAAAGAACAAAUUUACAAUGUUUUCAGAUUAUUACCAACAACUACUCAAGUUGUCCUUUUAUCUGCUACUAUGCCACAAGAUGUUUUAGAGGUUACUACUAAAUUCAUGAGAGACCCAAUUCGUAUCUUAGUUAAGAAAGAUGAAUUAACUUUAGAAGGUAUCAAACAAUAUUAUAUUGAUGUUGAAUUAAACCAAUAUAAAUUUGAUUGUUUAUGUGAUUUAUAUGAUUCUAUUUCUGUUACUCAAGCUGUUAUCUUUUGUAAUACUAGAAAAACUGUUGAAUACUUGUCAGAUAAAUUGAUAGAAAAUAAGUUCACUGUAUCUAGUAUUCAUUCUGACUUAAGUCAACAACAAAGAGACACUAUUAUGCAAGAAUUCAGAACUGGUUCUUCAAGAAUCUUAAUUUCAACCGAUUUAUUAGCUAGAGGUAUUGAUGUUCAACAAGUUUCGUUGGUUAUCAAUUAUGAUUUACCCAAGAACAAGGAAAACUAUAUUCACAGAAUUGGUAGAGGUGGUCGUUUUGGUAGAAAGGGUGUUGCAAUCAACUUUGUUACCAAAGAAGAUAUUGAAACUAUGACUGAGAUUGAAAAAUUCUACUCAACUCAAAUUGUUGAAAUGCCUUCUGACGUUACUGAAAUAUUUGCUUAG